AUGCCGCCAUUGCCACUGGAAAUCAUACUAGACAUUCUCACGCUAUCCAUGCGAAGCGACCAGCCAUUACAUCUGGAUUUAUUUGUCUUGUGCGUAUCAAAACGCAAAAUCUCCACGCAAUCGAAACAUAGAUCAAUGGUGCCUACAGCUUCCCCUCCGUUACCAGAAAGCCACCAACGCGACUGGAUCAUAGCAACCUCGGUUUGCCGCGCCUGGAGGCAGAUUGGCAAGAAGGCUUUCUUUGCAGAAAAAGUCGUGCUCAUUUCACCGGAAUUCAUGAAGCGAUUCAGUGAGGAUGACGGGACUACAAUAGACCUUACGUUUCAAGCACUUGCCCUGGGGAGUUUGCGACACGUCAUUGUUCUAGUGCCCAGUCGCACCGUCGAGAAGCAAAUGUCCAUGGUGGUGCCUUACUGGCAGAAUCUCAAAUACUUCAAUGCUCUCACCGGUCUCGAGGACCUCUUCCUACUUCUUGAUGUGAUCAGCGAAGAGGAAUAUCUACAAAACCACGACUGGCAAAACGCUCACAACGUAAAGGUACCCAGGUUCUUCCUCGAAACGCUUGCAGAGAUAGGUUUGGACACAGACCGCCUCCGACCAAAGCUUCUGGUAUCUAAAAGCCGACCCCAUUAUGAAGGGAUGCGCGACGAGGGCAUUGUCGAUUGGGAAUUUGCGACAAUGAUGAUUAUCGGGGGGAAGCUGACGCCCGCUGGAGUGCACGCGUGGUUGAGAUCCAAGGAUGCAUUGAUAAGAGAUGAUCAGGAAGCCCUUGACAAGCAGUUCCCGGGUGUGUUCUCUCCCGAACGUCGGCGCGCACAGGAUAAAUUGGAACUGUUCGUGACAAUGGCUAUUGGACUGGGAUACCGUCGCAUCCCGCAACGACCGCGCUUCCCUCGUUAA